CUCACACAAUACACAAAGACAAGACUCAUGCCCUCAGAAGAACAACUCUCCCACACACACACAGAGAUAGAGAUAGAGAUAGAGAUAGAGAGAAGAGAGAAUAGAGAAGAGAGAGAGAAUCAGACUCUGGAAAAGGUCGAUCUUUGUUUUGUUGUUUGUUAGGGUUUCUGCUGGUUUCAAAGUCUCUGCAAAAAGAGCUCUUCUACUGUUGGGCUUUCUCCGCUUUUCUCUGCCAAAUCAAUAGAAUACUUUUAUCUCAUAGCAGCAAGGAACAGAGCUUUGUCACUUCUUGUGUGUAAUUUGUCAGAAUCCUGUCCAGCUAAGAAGUCUUUCGUUGGUUUGUGGUUUAUGCAAGUGGUUUGAUAAUUUAAAAAUCAUACAAGUUACAACUUUUCUAUCUCGUUGGAUUCCCCUUUGACCUGAUAGGAGUUCAAACAUGGGUUACAUAUGUGAUUUCUGUGGGGAGCAAAGAUCGAUGGUGUAUUGCCGAUCUGAUGCGGCUUGCCUAUGUUUAUCCUGUGACCGCAAUGUGCAUUCUGCCAACGCACUGUCACGACGUCAUUCGCGGACCCUUGUGUGUGAAAGAUGUAAUACCCAACCUGCAUUUGUUAGAUGUGUUGAAGAGAGGACAUCUCUUUGUCAGAAUUGUGAUUGGUUGGGACAUGCUGGUUCUACAUCAGCAUCAAUGCAUAAGAGGCAAGCGGUUAAUUGUUAUUCAGGUUGCCCUUCAGCUGCAGAGCUCUCGACGAUGUGGUCAUUUAUUUUAGAUACUCCUGUGGGUGAUUCUACUUGCGAGAAGGGACUGAGUUCCAUGAGCAUUACAGACAACAGUUUAACAGACUGCAGAGACCCUUUACAGAUUAAUGAUGGGCAAGAUAACUCUGUCUUAAUUGAAGUGAAUGAUGUAAAGGAUAUUGAUAAGUCAAGCAUUUUGAUGGGGUCAUCUUCAAUGCCUCUAGUGAAAACCAAGCCACAAAAUGUUGAUCAAUCAGUGGGAUUGGUAAAUUCAACUUCAUCCAAGAUGUUUUAUUCUGGAACAAAAACGCCUGGUCUAUGUGACAACGAUGCAUUCUAUGAGGACUUUGAUAUGGAUGAAGUUGACUUGAAUAUUGAGAACUAUGAAGAACUAUUUGGUGUAGCUCUUAAUGAUCCAGAACAUCUCUUUGGUAAUGAAGGAAUUGACAGCCUAUUUGGAGGGAAGGACAUGUCCGGUGCUGUUUUGAAUUGUCAGCGCACUUACGCUGCUGAGGGGUCAUCAAUUGGACUGGUUAAUGCAAUCCAGCCAGCUUCCAGCAAUGCUGCCUCUGCUGAUUCCAUGAUGAGCUCUAAAACUGAGCCAAACCUUUGUUUUGCUAGGCAAGCCCAUUCUAACCUCUCAUUUUCUGGUCUUACUGGAGAGAGUAGCGCUGGAGAUUAUCAAGAUUGUGAUGCUUCUUCAAUGCUUCUCAUGGGAGAACCACCAUGGUGCCACCCACGACCUGAAAGCUCUGUCCCUUCAACCAGUAGGAGUAGUGCUGUUUUGCGUUACAAGGAAAAGAAGAAGACACGCAAAUUUGAGAAGAAGGUAAGAUAUGCCUCUCGCAAGGCAAGGGCUGACGUAAGGAGGCGUGUGAAGGGUCGCUUUGUGAAGGCUGGUGAUGCUUAUGAUUAUGAUCCAUUGAGCCAAACAAGGAGCUUCUGAGCGUACAAGCUUUCACCAUUCCUACGAGGAGCUUCAGUUGUCUAAAGUGCAUGAAGGUGGAUUUAGACUGCUCUGUCUCAUUGAUUCACCAACGAAAUUCAAGAUGAGAAAUCUGAUUCUCCAUCAUAAAGAAAGGAUGGACUGUGAUGUCACGUGAUGGCGAACUGUAGUCGCAAUUACUCUAUACAGCGUGCUUCCCCCCUUCGUCUGAGGGCACAGUUACCCUGCCCAAAUCUUCAUCACCAAAGAAAGAAUUCCAAGCUUUGCCGAGUACUCGUUUAUAAGAACAAUAUUUCUCUUAGAUUUUGUUGCUGCAUUAGUCACAUUAUAUCAUUGGCACAAUCUUUCCCCCAAGAUUCAUUUGCCAAGUUGUUUUGACUGCUGCUUCUUGUAAUAUAUUCCUCCCCCUUCUCUGUGACACGUAUAGUUGAUGAUACAUGUUUCCAAGUAGCUAGGAAGAAUGCAGGCAUGAUAGGUGCCAAAUUGCAUCAGACAAAAGGUUGGUAUUUGUAAGCUUCUUUUCCUUCUUUUUGCCAGAUGUACAGCAUAAAUCACUAUACUGUAGUUGGGUCAGAAACUCCAGUCUGUAAUAAUCCUGUAGUAUUCCAGCUCCAAUAAACAAUCUUUGUUUCUCUGGUCAUGACAUUUGACAUCCAAAGAAUGGUUGUAUCAUCAUUGUGC